AUGGGACGUAUGAAAGGUCGAGCUCAUGAAUCUUUGCUUCAUUCAGCUGUCACGGGCGGCAAUUGGGCUUUUGCCGAGGCACUAAUCUCCAUGGGAGUAGAUGUUAAUACUCCAAGAGAAGGUCUAUAUCGAGAGACACCCCUCCAUUCUGUCUUCCGGGAAUGGUGCGGCGACGAAUUGGUAAAGGCCAAGAGGCUUAUUGGAUGGGGAGCUGACGUUAAUGCCCGAGAUGUUCGCGGAAACACACCACUUGCGCUAGCCAUGAUGACGCGAAUCUUUGGCUCCGCGAUAAGUGAUGGUGAUGAAAGCGGAAGCCAAAACGAAGGCGAGAAUGACAAUGCAACUACGGAGAAGCCCGAUACAGAUAAGUCACGCCUGGAGGCUAUUGAGUAUUUGCUACAGCACGGUGCUCAUACCAAUAUGAAGAACAGAGAUGGGAUGACCUUGCUUGGUAUUGCGUGCGUUCAUGCAAUGGUCACGCCUGAGGUCUUUGAGAUGCUCCUCCAGCACAGCGCAGAUGUUAACGCGAUACAAGGCAACAGUCGAGUCAAGAUGAGUCCCCUGGACAUUCUCCACUUGCAUGACACACCGGGAUCCACGGAGGAAAAGUCUGAUAAUGGAGGGUUGGCAAGGGUUAGAGGAAUGGGAUAUAGAAAAGCGUACUUCUUGGGCACGUGA